AGUACAGCUGGGCUCCGUCUGAACACUACAGAGGGCACCUCUGCGCACUUUACAGACUAACUAGAAAGCACUUGCCUUCCUUAAAGGAUUAGGGCAGGACAGCUUUCCUGGCAUCAAAUAUGAAUCGUGUGGAAGAAUGGGUUCUGGAAAACAAGGACAACAUUGAGAAGGGAGUGGAAAUAAUAAGCCAAGGAUGCGAGAUACUGGCAGCCACCAUAGGCCAUCUUCAUCCCCUCCUUGAGGCAGUUUUUGUGGCCUCAGCUGAGAUCCUUAGCAAUCCUGAGGGCAAAGAAGCUAAGUACCUUGCUGAGCAAUUUGAAAGGGUCAACCAGAAGCUGGAAGGAAUUCAGGAUGAAAUAGACAAAAUAAACCUUGAGCUUCAGAGAACCUCGCUGAAUAAGCAAAACUUUGACCGUGAGGUACAAAUGAUCAGUCAGUAUGAGAAGUUUCAAGAGUUUGUCACCGCCAAACCCAAGUUCAAGGAAAAGAAAAAGGAGAAGUUUAUCAGCCACUAUGAGAACACAGACAGUGAUAUGAACCUUGAUGCCUUGUACAAUGCUAUCACUGGAGAUAAUACCUCUGGAGAAGAAAUGUUGGCCACGGUGGUGGUCACCGAGCAACGCAGCAGAAGGGCAGUGGAGGAAUUCUGUGCCCGCUUAAAAAAGCUGUUUGUGGUUGGAAUUAUAGCAGUGAUGGGCUACACUGCACUUAAGGAUGGAAAAGUUGGUGAGGCUAUGGUAAAGAAAUGGCAAGGUCGCAUGGAAGAUGUAGAGAAACGCAUGAAAGCGGCAGUGGACGACUGCAUACAAAAUUUCCCUGAGCAAGCCAAGUUGGAUCUAGAGCAUGAGCUGUUGGAGAGGCAGGCCGGUGUCAACCCUGAGUUCACCAAAAUCCUACUAGAAACCCUUACCAAGAAGUUUGACUGGGUUUGCUGGUCAGUUAGGGUCUUCAGUCAAAGUGGUGUAUUUUUGUGGAAUUGGCUGGCUGGCAAGAAUUACCAGGGAAGUUAUGGAGGUGUCCAUUUUUUUGAGAUUUUGACCAAAAACAAAAUAAAAAUCGUGGUGUCUUUCACUGUUGACCCAAAACAACUCAACAAAAGCCAGAUAAAGGAUCAAAUAGAGAAAGAAAAGCUCAAGGGUAACAUGAAAUCUUUGGCCGAGUCUCUUUGCAAGAACUUUCCCAACUGUCUUGUGCAUACUGUCAGUCGCUAUAAGACAGUUGAGGAGGCCAACAACUUCCAACCAGAGUGCUACUAUUAUGCCGCUCACAAAAAAGCACACAUUUGCUUACACUCAGAGUAAUUAAUAAUGUAAUUAAGGCAAUCAAUAUAAGAAAAAUCAAAAUCAAUAUAAGCAAUGCAAUGAUUACAACUUUUUAGUCAUUGUAUACUGUAAGCAUGUUUAUGUGGCUGACUUUUUUGAGUUAUGAAACUGUCUAAACAUUAAGAGCUUUUACAUUUAUUUUUGCUUAAAGAAUUUUGCAUUCUGUAGAAUGAUUAAUGUUAACCUUCUUUGUACCAAAUGCUGUUGAUUGAAUUGAGUCAUAUUAUGCUGGUAAGGUCAUAAUCAUGUAUUUCCUUUGUAAUAAUUAUUAAAACAACUUAAAAUGUUAUGUUUGUCUAGUUAUAUUACUAUGCUGUGUCUAUUCAUGUUUUUUUUCUGUAAUUAAGGCAGUACUGGCACACAAACCUGAAUCCAUAAAUGUGCUACAAUAGAAAGAUGCAUACAAAAACAGAAAGCAAUGAUUCACUAAUCACCAUUUUGCCCUGUAUUCAAUUAAAACCAAUACUAAAUCAGGACAUUUAUAUUUUAACUAAUCAGCUUUGUUUUUUGUAUAUACAGUAUACAAUUAUACAACAGUUCUGACCAAUUAAAUUGAUUGGACAAGAGGCAUCCAAAGAGCAAUGAUAUACAGUUUAAUACAACUAAGACUUUUUACAAUAUGUAUCACUCCACUUU